AUGCCAAAGGUUCUUUUGUUUAAAACAAAGGAGAGUUGUAAAACCCAUCAUGAUAAAACAACAACAACAACAACAACAACAGAAGACGAAUACCAACUUGCCCUUGCACGUCACAACUAUAACGUCAACUUUAUACCCGUUCUUGAUUCCAAAAGUGAAUCAGUUACGUUCAUUCAACAACUCUUGGCCAAACCACCACCCACUACCAUUGGUAGUAUCAUCUUUACUUCACAACGCUCGGUCGAUACUUGGGCCAUUGCUUCUUCAAACAUAACUGUCCACCCUCAAUGGCGGUCACUCCAUGUAUUUAUUGUUGGCACCAAAACGGCCGAGAAACUGACCCAACUAGGAUUCUUUCACGGCACUGUACCUACCAUUGUUAAAGAUCGCGCUGUACAAUUAGCCGACGCCAUGAUUCCUUUUCUUUUGCAGCAGCAAGGAGGCAAGCAAGGCGUAUUGUUUCUUGCAGGCGAUAAACGCAUGAACGAGUUACCGACGCGUUUGACAAAAGCAAACAUACCGUUCCAAGAAGUGCGAGCCUAUUCCACAUGUGCCCACCCGGACCUUACACAGCGUUUGUUGUCUUCUUCUCAGGCACAUGGGUUACCGGACUGGGCCGUGUUUUUCAGUCCCUCCGGUGUCAAUUAUGUGUUGGAACGAAACCCUGAGCUCGUCGACACGAUUCCAAAGCUUGCUGCCAUUGGUGCGACCACAGCAGAGCAUAUGCACCAACGCGGAUUGUCGGUGGCUGCUGUAGCAUCCAAACCGCGCGCUCUUGAAUUGGCUGCUGCUAUCGCUGAACAUGAUCAUGAUCAAUAG